CUGACCUGUACGACGUCAACCUGGGGAGGGUUAGGCCGAGAAAGACACCGCUUAUAGCCACCGCCUUUUUUACUGUGCACCGCUGCCGGGUUUGCAGGCUAAGAUUCUUCAGGGGGGACUGUCGAAGCUCAACUUCGAAUCAUGUGAUGAAGCGGCGCUUGCCGAAUCCAUUGUCGGAUCCGGGUCACUUCCUGCAAGUCAACACCCAUCUUGGACGAACGACAUCCACGUUCCUCGUACCUGCGCGCUCCGUUCUCCCGGCUGUCGGUACGCUCUGCUCUCUUGCUCCAAGCAGUGGCCCUGAACAGUGGCCCUCCGCCGUUCAAAAGCCUACACCGCACCAGCGUUCGAAGGAUCGGUCAAGUUUCCGCCCCGGUCAGCCGCCUUAUCUCGCCAUCGUUUUCGUUCGUUCGACGUGUCUGUCACUCCAUUCACCUCCACCCAUGUACAAGGAGAAUUCUUGUCUCAUAAUAGGACAUCACUGCUCAACAAAGUCGGGUAUCGCGGCUAUGACUUUGCCGGCGAUGCGUAGGGUCUCUUUCCACAACACAUUCAGUAACAUGCUCUAUACGAACGACCUGACCUCGUUUCCGACCACAACGGCAUAGCCUUAAAUAGCGAAAUCGCCUGAUCUAUCGAUGCCGCUAUGGAAGUGACUUCACGAAGAUCUUCUCUUCCUCUACUGCUACGAUGGACGCGCUUACUAA